AUGGAGCAUAUUCCCCUCCACGAUGGAAACUCCUCAUCAUCUCACAGCUCAAUCAACACAGAGCUCCUGUCUCAGAGCGGCUAUACAAUACUGGCUGUUAUCAUGGGUGUGUUCUCCGUGGCUGGGAUCAUCCUCAACCUCCUGGUGAUUGUGGUGACAGUGAGGCACAGACAGCUGAGGCAGCCGCUCAGCUAUGCCCUGGUGAACUUGGCCAUAUGUGACCUGUGCUGUGCUGUGUUUGGAGGUCUGCCCACCACAGUAACCAGUGCCAUGGGAUACUUCAGCCUGGGACAUGUGGGCUGCAUGUUAGAGGGUUUUGCUGUUGCCUUUUUUGGUAUAGCAAGUCUGUGCACAAUAGCAGUCAUUUCUGUUGAACGCUACAUGGUGGUGUGUUAUCCCAUGGGUGCUGUCCUGUUCCAGACCAGACAUGCUGUCGCUGGAGUGGUGCUGUCCUGGCUGUGGUCGUUUGUGUGGAACAUGCCGCCUCUGUUCGGUUGGGGAAGUUACGAGCUGGAGGGCAUCAAGACCUCCUGCGCCCCUAACUGGAACAGCCGGGAUGUCGGGGACAUGUCCUACAUCAUCAUAUACUUUUUCCUUUGCUUUGUUGUGCCAUUCUCCAUCAUUAUGGCGUCUUACUCACGGCUCUUGUGGACCCUCCGCCAGGUGACCAAGCUGCAGGUAUCCGAGGCCGGCAGCACAAACCGCGUGGAGGUGCAGGUGGCACGCAUGAUAGUGGUAAUGGUGAUGGCCUUCUUAGUGACCUGGCUGCCAUAUGCUGGCAUGGCCCUCGCUGUCAUCAUGGACUCCAGUCUAAAUAUUGACCCCAUCAUUGCCACCGUACCUGUUUACUUGGCUAAAAGCAGCACUGUCUACAACCCCGUCAUAUAUAUUUUCAUGAACAGACAGUUUCGAGCAUAUGCUGUUCCCACCGUCCUGUGUGGGUGGAACCCGUGGGCCUCAGAUCCACAGAUGUCUGAGGAUGAGACCACGGUCGCUUCUCUCGGCAAGACCCAAAGAGUCUCGCCGAAAGAGUCUUUGAAAGAAUGACAGCAGCACCAGAUCACCAGAACGACCUUCAGC